GCGCUCCCGCCCCCGGCGGGCGGGGCUCUGUCAUGUGGCCGCGCCUCCGGGAAGCGCCGCUCGGAGCGGAGCCGGGCAGGACCAUGGCGGGCCGGGCGCUGCUGGCGCUGCUGGUGCUGGCGCAGCCCGCCUGGGCGCCGGACCCGUAUGGAGAAGAGUGUAGGAGUAAAAUGUACCCUCCUUCAGGACCAACGUUCAAAGGUAACAUACCCACAUAUGUCAUAAAUCUGGAUUUACCUCCCAGCAGAAGGUGGGAUGACUUGAUGCGCGACAAAAAAACAGAGCUGAAGACUGUGGUCCAGAAUAUUAAAGAUAUAGCAAAUACCUUCUUUCCCAGUGGCAAAGUUGUUGACAUAGUGGAUAACAAAAUAGCUCAUCUGACUGCUACACUUCCUUAUCCUUUCAAUGAAGAGCUCCAAGGGAUUGCAAAUUCCUCUGGGAUUCCUUUGGGGGAAAUCGUUAUUUUUAACAUUUUUUAUGAAAUUUUUACUGUAUGUACAUCAAUAGUGGCAGAAGAUAAAACAGGAAAGCUGUACCAUGCCAGAAACUUGGAUUUUGGACUCUUCCUAGGGUGGGAUGUUAAAAAUAAUUCCUGGACGUUAACUCGGGAACUGAAGCCUUUAGUGGUACUGUUGGACUUUCAGAGAAACAACAAAACAGUGUUCAAGUCCACAAAUUUUGCAGGAUACAUAGGCAUGGUGUCUGGAGUCAAACCAAACUUGUUCACUCUGACAAUGAAUGAGCGUUUCAGUCUUGAUGGUGGUUAUGUGGGAAUCUUUGAAUGGUUUCUUGGUAGAAGAGAUGGUAUGUGGAUGGGCUUUCUUACAAGAACUGUAUUAGAGAAUGCUACAAGUUACCAGGAUGCAAAAGACAGACUGGCAAAAACAAGAUUGCUGGCUCCAGCUUACUUUAUUCUGGGAGGAAAAAAUUCUGGAGAAGGGUGUGUGAUAACUCGAUCCAGGACAGCUGCUCUGGAUAUCUGGGACCUUGAUAUCAAGAAGGGCACAUGGUAUGUGGUAGAAACCAACUACGAUCGCUGGAAGCCUCCACUGGUGCUGGAUAAUCGUAGAGGACCUGCCAUGAAAUGCCUGAACCAGACAACACAAGAGAAUCUCUCCCUACCUGCAAUUUAUGAUGUUCUCUCCACAAAGCCUGUGCUCAAUAAGCUGACGGUGUGCACCACGCUGAUGGAGGUGUAUGACGGCCACACCGAGACGUACCUGCGGGAGUGCCCUGAUCCCUGCAGCCCUUGGUAGCCCUGCUCCUCCCCGUGCUUGUCCCACUUGGUGUCCUCCUUGAGAAAAUGCUUCUGGAAAGAGAUUACUCAGUCUGACUCCUUUCUUCAGAAAUCUCAUGGCUCUAUAGAAAUGGCAAAGUGCUUCUAACAGUGAAGGACCCUGUCUCACAGCAGACUUUCUUGCUUUGUAACCAGCAGUUCUGCUGACCAGAAAUGUAUCCUCACAAGGGUCUGGUGUGAUUUCAGCUGUUUCUGCCAAAUGAGUUCAGCACUUAGUUCUAGAUCUCUUCAGUCUCGGCAGUAUUCUUGGUGUGUUGUUUGUUGGGGGUUUGUUAAUUUUUGGGUUUUUUUGGUUUGGUUUAUUUAGAUUAAAAUCCCAAGGAACACAAGUUAUAAUGGCACCUACCAAGCAUCAAAAAUAAUUGGGUGUAAGAAGACUGUCUGGGACAAUACAAUUCUGUUAUUUUUUCAUAAGCACUUAAAAUUAAUUGCUAUUGUUCUGGUAUAAUGUGAGGAUAUGUCUGAUAUGCCCUUUUAUAAAAUAA